AUGGUAGCGGUUCAGGGCGGGCAGGACGAUUCCCAUGCCUCUCCUGGCGUCACAAGACCACUCGUUACCCAGACGGCAGGUGGAGAUAUCGUAGUUGACACCAUCAUGGCAGACGACCAGCAGGCGGUUCCCGUAUCGAGCCACGGGCCAGACACGGUCGGAGCCUCGGUCGAUCACGGUUUAAACUCGUCAACGCCUGGCGGCGGCGACGGAGCGUCGACGCGUCAGACAGCGGUAUCACAACCCCGAUUACCUGAGGGGGUAAAGACGACUUCAUCCACGCCGGCCGUGGAGCCCGUACCUCCUAAGGAGCUUUUUGAGGCUCUAAUUGAGUCGAUGAAAGCCUCACCAGGCCCAACCAACGUUGAUGUCUGGCGUCUGUCCAUCCAGGACCUAUUUACAGUGGAAUAUGCUCGGAUACCGGUAAGCGUUGACGCGUUACCGGCCGGAUGCACAAGGUUUCCCAAGCUUAAGGGACCUGAGGCGGAUAGCUUGCUAGAUCUUUUUCGACGCUGUUAUGUGUCAGCUUCUGGAAGUUUCGCCGACUGGAAACGACUGGCUCAUCAGAUCAGCAAAGAACUCCUCCUGACGAAGUGGGCAUUCAAGGAGAUCAUAAGAAAAUUGGUCAGUCAGCAAAAGUGGGCCACUGCUCCUGUCUCCAAUCAAUGGGCAGAAGUCGUGCGGGCGGGUUAUACGGCUCGCCAAAUGGACGGGGAGAACAAAGGGAGCAUAACCUAUGAAGAUUUUAUGUUUGACCCGGCCAAAUUCUCGUUGGAAGACUCGAUUACACUAAAGGCCAUAUGUGUGGCCCGGCUAGGUAAUAAGGGCUUCCAACGGCUACGUGAGGGGUCUGAUGACGAAUGGCGCAUUAUUGUGGGUAUUGCCGAAGGGCAUAUAGUCUGUCGCCGGAUGCCAGACUAUCUACGAUCGGUUCUGGACAGCAAGGAACGUCUUCAGCUGUACAGUACCGUUCAGGCGCAGGUGGAGGGUCAAUAA